AUGUGUCCAAAACCGAAGGCAGUUUAUUGCGGACAUCCGAUUCCAUUCUGGAAGAUAAGACAACAUCGCGAUUCUGAAACUGUUAUUGAUGUAAAUGAAAUGAAGAAAACAAUUGAUAUUGUGGACUACGACAGAGUUCAUAUAGAAAAAGCAAACGGCAUGCAGUGUACAAAAUCAGACGAGAUCAAACUACGUGGAAUGCAGAAGAUUCAAAUGCAAGAGAAAAUAAAUAUAGAAAAGGACAAAGCAGACGUUGACGAAUUAUGGCAUGAGGUUCUUAUGAAUGAUGUUAGAAGAAAGAAAGAAAACGAGAGAAUUAAGACAGAAAAGCGUAAACGAGAAAUGUUUGAACGUCGAAUGGCAUAUGACAAACAGAUAACUAGCGCUAAUAAACAGAGACAAGAAGCAUUACAGACUGAGAGAGAAGUAGAGAACAGAAGAUUGGAAAACAUGAAGAAGAAAAUGGAGCAAGAUUAUUAUGACGCAAUCAAAAGAAAAAAGAACCAGCAGAUUAUCAACAAAAAUAAUUACAUAGAGGGGUAUGAAAUGAAACAGAUGGAAAUGAGAAAUAAAAAGAGACAAGAAAGGGAGAUCGAUGUUAGCACCAUUUUGAUAGCAAUGGAAGAUUUGAGGAAAGAGAGGCAGAGGGAGUUAGACCAAAUUCAAGCUCUAAAAAUGGAGAAGCAAGUGUUUGUUGAAAAUUUUAACCGCGAGAAAAAGAUGGCAAGUCAAUUAGAAAGAGACGCAGAAAGAAUAACAGCAGAGUGGAAAGAGCAAGGAGAGAAAGAGUCCGACGAAAUUAACAGACAAAUUGAAAUGAAUAAAUGGACGAAUAAAGUGACUGCAGCUCAAGAAUACAAAAGGCACAUAGAAGAAAGGAAUCGGGAAUUAGAAAAAAAAAGACAAGAAAGAAGAGAGAACAUGGAACGAGUGAAAAGGACAGCGUUCAAUGAAUUACGGAAUAACUUGAACAAUGCUAAUGAGGAAAUGAGACGACAGAUCGAAUAUCGAAAUGCUUUGACCAAUCAAAUACUAGAUAACGGGAAAAUGUUGGAACUUGAAUUAAACGGAAUUGAAAGAAAACAGCGUCCGUUUACAAAAAAAGCGAUUAUGUUUAAAGAAGCGGUGAAAAAUAAGAUCGGUCAACCAUCUGUAAUUAAGAAUCCUGUUCAUCCAUUUACAAGGACAAUGCAGAAAUAUGAAGCAAAUUCUACUGUAUCAUUACCAUUCAUUAAUAAAUAUGGAUUUUAA